AUGUUCUGGGGUAUAAGUCCAGCUCUUGAUUUACAAAAGGAAUAUUUAAAACAUGGUAACGAAAGUGCUUACGAGCUAAAUUUUCUCGUCAUCGGAGGUUCAGAUGCAAGACACCUGAUCAAGACAUUAGCUCAGGCGUAUCGUGAAUCGAGACGGUACAUGAAUCUUUUUGUGGUCGAUGGUUGUCCAGAACUUAUAGCCCGACAAAUCCUCUUACUGUCCCUAGCUUUAGAGAAAACCACGCGCUGCGGUCUCUUGGAUAAAACCAGACGGUUUCUCGAGGUAUAUGGAAACAUGCUUCUCCGUCCACCCACCUCAAGGUAUUUAAUAGCAAAAGCUCGUCAGUUAGUUGGCAUGAUAACCAAUACCGAAUACAUGGGUUGUCUUCUACCUUGCAUAUCCAUCGAUCAAACAAAAUACCGCGAGAGAGACUACAUGGAGAAUCUCUUCAAUUUCUGGACAACUGGAAACACUAAUCAAUUUAAUGCAAACGAAUUAUGGGAACAUCGUCUGAGACAAAGUCUGGGAGUCAGAUAUGAUAACAGAAUGGGAAUUUACGAUUGGGAUUACCACAUGCGCAUGAAAGAUGUAGCAAGUCAAAUUUGUUUCCAAGAAUACAAGCAUUUUAGAGAACAUGGUGUUGCUUUUACGUGGCUCGAGACUGAAGUGUGUCGACCAAACGUGUCAUUAGCUGCUGGUGUCUACAAAUGUGGGGAUAGGUACCUCCAUCGAGGAUACCUUGGAGAUAUGGUAACUUCGCCUUAUAUAGCGUACGGACUUAACUGCGAAGAUAAGGAUAUGUUAAAGUCCUCCCAUGGGGUGAAUUAUAAGCGAGCUACUGAUAUAUCCGAGAGAAAUGUGAUGAGAUUAUUAUAUGAACUUGAAAACCGUGCUCCUUUUGAUGCUAAAGCAUUAAAUAUAGACAGCCAACAGAACUUAGGUAUGACCGUUCUAAGCCAAUUCGAUGCGAAGAUAUCUCAAAGCUGUUCUGAGGCACCCAUAGUUUUACGGGAAGACAGAGAUACUUAUAUUGAUGUGGAUUAUGGCAAGGUGCACUUUCUUUCACUGUCUGCACUUGAUCACUACCCCCAUAAGCCUCACUUUCAAGGUUUGUUCCAUGGCAUAUUUGUUGGUCACAACGUGCUGCCGCGAGUGAAGCCGAGCGUCUGGUCGAUGGCGCGGGAAGAUGCUAUAAUUAUUAUGGAGUCUCGGAAGUAUUUCGUGGAGUUAAAGAGGGAUGAUGUGAAGGCAUAUGGGGAUCAGAUCCAACAAGCAGCUACUACAGCGCAAUGUGAGAAGGUUGGAUCCUUCAAUCCUGAAAAUGAUGAUUUUGCAAGAUUUGUGAUAAAAAGGAAAAGUGAAAGUUCAGAUUUGGCGUUUUGAAUAAUUAUAAUUCUCAAUGUCUUAACGAUAUAAUUUAUGUCUUAAUUUUUUAAAAUAAUGUAUUAA